AUGGAGCACUCAAGCACUGAACCUCCGCUGGCUGGAUAUGGCGAGGGUUAUUCUACAGAUGUGGAUACUAUCCGUGAGCAGGAGUAUCCCUUGUUGAACGAAACGACAUACCUUGACCAUGCCGGCACAACGCCAUAUGCCAAGUCUAUGAUUGAGGCUUUCUCGCAGCAGAUGACAUCAAACCUUUUUGGGAACCCCCAUUCAAUGUCGCUGUCAUCGCAACUUUCUACUCAACGGACAGAUGAUAUCCGCCUGCGGGUUCUCCAAUUUUUCAACGCAGACCCUGAAGAAUACGAUCUUGUCUUUGUGGCCAAUGCAACCGCGGCCAUAAAGCUUGUCGCUGAUUCUCUACGGGACUCUGAUCAUCGCGGCUUCUGGUAUGGUUACCAUGUCGACGCUCACACUAGUCUGGUUGGAGUGCGCGAGUUAGCAGACAUGGGACACCAAUGUUUCCAAAACGACGCAGAAGUAGAUUCUUGGAUCCCUGAACUCCCCAACCUCCAGGCAAAGGCGCCGAGACUCCUUGCAUUCCCAGCGCAGUCGAACAUGAAUGGCCGCCGCCUCCCUCUCAGAUGGUGCAAAGAAUUGCGUUCAGCAUCCCAGCAAAGUGGAGGGAAUGUAUACACAUUACUUGACGCCGCGUCAUUCGUGUCAACGGCUCCGCUUGACAUUGGCUCCGUGGCGCCAGACUUCACUGCACUCAGCUUCUACAAGAUCUUUGGAUUCCCAGAUCUUGGCGCUUUGAUCGUCCGAAAGAGUGCUGCGCGUGUAUUUGAGAGGCGCAGAUUCUUUGGUGGAGGUACGGUCGACAUGGUCAUUGCAGCAGGUGUACAGUGGCAUGCAAAGAAGGAAUCUUCUAUCCACGAGCGGCUCGAGGAUGGGACUUUGCCUUUCCAUAGUAUUCUGGCUCUCAAUGCCGCCCUUGAUACCCACAAACGUCUAUAUGGCUCGAUGGCAAACAUUUCCAAGCACACAGCCUUCCUGGCAAAGCGACUCUACAACCGAAUCUCUGUGUUAACUCACUGGAACCAGGCAAAUGUGUGCCAGGUAUACCAGACGAACGCAAUCUACGGAUGCCCUACUACCCAAGGGCCCAUCAUUGCCUUCAAUAUACGGAACAGUCAGGGCGAAUGGAUUCCUAAAACCGAGGUUGAGAAACUGGCAACUGUCCAGAAUAUCCAAAUACGAACUGGGUCAGUUUGCAACCCUGGAGGUACUGCAUGUGCUCUUGGAUGGACGGGCCCAGAUUUGCGUCGCCAUUACUCUACUGGCCUACGUUGUGGGGACGCCCACGACAUCAUAGGUGGACGACCAACUGGAAUCCUCCGUGUUAGUCUAGGCGCGAUGACAAAUAUGAAGGACAUCGACUCCAUCGUUGACUUUAUUGAAGAGUUUUACGUGGAGAAAAUCCCACCUGUUGUUGCAUUGAAUCCGCCUCUCGAGGAAACUGACAUUGUUGGACGUCACUUCUAUAUUGAAAGCCUUUCAGUCUUCCCAAUCAAGAGCUGCGGUGCCUUCAAAAUCCCAGAAGGCAAACGAUGGGAGGUCAGAAGGGAGGGACUGGCCUGGGACCGAGAAUGGUGCCUGAUUCACCAAGGAACUGGUUCAGCGUUGAACCAAAAGAGGUACCCACGCAUGGCUCUCAUUCGCCCUGCUAUCGACCUUGACCGGGGUAUUCUGCGAAUCAGCUGUGGUGUACUGACCGACCAAGUGAGCCUUGAGAUUUCACUUGGAUGGGAAGACACCACUCUCAUCUCCACGUCUCUUUGCACAAACACCAAAAGACCUUCCACGGUCUGUGGCGAUCAAAUCUCCCUGCAUGCUUAUUCCUCACCGGUUGUAUCUACAUUCUUCUCAGAUUUCCUUGGUGUUCCUUGCACACUUGCCAGGUUCCCAGCUCAAACUUCCAACCGAUACUCACGACCCCCUCGCAUGUCGGGCACAUGGAAAAACAGAUUCCGAAAGCUUAUCAUGCCCGGUUCAUUCCCGCUUGAUCUACCACCUCCUGUUCGCGAGACCACUCAGAACCCCCUCCUGCUCUCCAACGAGAUGCCAAUUUUAGUUGUGUCUCGAUCAUCCGUCAACCGUCUCAAUGAAACGAUCAAGGCCAACACUAAACAAGGCACCGGUGGAAGCAAGGCCGUUGCUGCAGAUGUCUUCCGAGGUAAUAUCGUCGUGGCAGAGCGACUCGCCCAACUCGGAGAUGUGGAGCAGCCCUAUGCUGAGGACCACUGGUCUUCUAUUCGCAUUGGCCCCGAUCAGCUUCGAGUUGAUGUUUUGGAUGCCUGUCAACGAUGCCAAAUGGUUUGCAUCGACCAAUUUACCGGUAUUCGAAGUGCAGAGCCCUUCUCCACACUCGCAAAAACCAGAAAUGUGAAUGGCAAAGUCUGUUUUGGUAAAUAUGCAGCACUUGCGCCGGAAGAGACAGAUGUCUUUGAGUCGCUGCCGGAUCACAGGACGGUGAUGGUGGGAGACAUUGUUAUGCCUGUAUACCACGAUGAAUGA